AAACAAAUCAAAUUACCGAAAAAACAUUUUUGGCUGAUGGACGCUUUUUUGCUGUGAAGGAGGUUUUGUUGACUGAUCAAGGACGGGCGGGCAGCAAAGUAUUGAUCAACUUCAACAGGUUAGAAGGAUGAAAGGAGAUCUCUCUUUCGAGUCAGUUCCAACAUAAGCACAUUGUUCAAUAUUAUGGCACAUUCAAGGACAAGACCAAACUUUAUAUCUUUCUUGAGCUUGCAACUGAAGGUUCACUUUUAAAUCUCUAUCAAAAGCAUAAACUGUCAGACUCCCAAGCCUCUAAAUACACAAGGCAGAUUGUGAAAGGUUUGAAUUAUCUACAUGAGCAUAAUGUAGUUCACAGACUGCUUGGUGAAGUGAAAAGUUCAACACUCCCACCUGCCCUCUUCCAGGAAAAGAAAAAUGGAAAAACCAAAAACAAAAAGAAGAGUUAGGAGCCUGGAUGUUAAACAUGGUCAUUGUCUGAUAACUAAGAUGAAACUACCCAAAGCCUUGGGAUAUCUGGUGGAUGUAAAUGGAACCGUGAAACUUGUGGAUUUUGGAUUGGCAAAGUUUUGCAAAUUGAACGACAUAAAAUCUUUUAAAGGGACUGCAUUCCGGAUGGCCCCUGAGGUCAUUAAUGAGGACAAACGAGAGAACGAUGGUUAUGGGUUUGCAGCUGAUAUAUGGAGCCUCGGCUGCACUGUAUUAGAGAUGUUAACUUGGCAACAUCCAUAUCCCGAAUUGGAGCCGGUAUGUAUAAGCUUCAAUGGAAACAAAUAAUCAUUCCAACAUUACAUUCUUAUAUGCAUCCAAACAUAAGAAUUGGAAUCACCAAAUCUAUUUCUAUUCAAGAAGAUAUAGGAGUGAAAACAAAGUUUUUAUUCUCA